AUGCCUCGGAGACCAUCAGGAAGAAGAGUUUCAAAGAAUCAACCUUUAGCAUUUACACCGUUUAUGCGGUCACUUGCUUUAGCUUCAACGUCUAAGCGUAAAUUGCCUCAUCCUAAAGACUCUCAAUGUUCUGAUCCUGAAGUAAUGUCUUUUGAUGCAAAGCUCCCAAAUUUAUCGAAAAAAGAGAAAAAGGAAGAGUUUUCAGAUUCCUCGGAUGAUGAAGACUCUGAGGGAGAUGUUCAAGCAGAGUUUGAGUUCUUUGAUCCGAAACCUACGGACUUUCACGGAGUCAAGAUCCUAUUACAGAACUAUCUCGAUGACAAGGAGUGGGAUUUGAGCAGUUUUGUUGAUUUGAUUUUGGAACAGACAACAGUAGGAACAGUUGUGAAAGUAGCGGAGGAUGAAGACGAAUCAGUAUUCGCUGUUCUCACGGCUCUCAACUUGGCAAGAUAUAAGGACAACAAGUGCUUUAGAGAGUUAAAAGAGUUUCUUCUUAAAGUUUGCUCUGAAAAGAAUAGAGCGAGUGAUCUAAAAAUGCUCUUAGAGAAAAAUACACAAGAUGUUGGUUUAUUGGUAUCUCAAAGAGUGAUGAAUCUUCCUCCACAACUUCUUCCUCCACUGUACGAUGGAUUGUUCGAUGAAGUCUUAUGGGCUACAGAAGACGAGCCUACAAAAGAGCUUCGAAACUCAUUCCGCUUCAAGUCAUAUCUACUAAUCACCAAGAUAUACAAGCUGAAGAAUCCUAACCAGAGAAAACCUCGUCAUGGUGAAGAAGAGAUUGAGGAAACAGUAUAUCUUAAGCCUGAAGAUGAACUUUUUCUCGAGCUUAGCUCUUGGUCCUUCACAUUCCCUAUGCACUCACAGCUCGUUACUUCUCAAGAAAUGAAGAAUUAUCAGCUGAUGGGUUUAGUGAUGGUCGUAAACGCAGACAAGAUCCCUGAAUUCAGAAAGAUGUUGAAUUCUCUCAUUGAUGAACAAUGA